UGAUAGUAAAGUUGAGUUGUUUUGAGUGGAAUAAAAAUCAGUUGCAUCUCUUUAAAUUUAGGAGAAUGUGUGUGUAUCUAAUUCAUUUAUGUAAACAGUAGCACAAUUAGCAGAUAACUGUUUCUCAUUGUUCGGGAAAAAAUCUUUAAUGCAAACAAAAAAUCCGGUCUGUACUCUAUCUGUGCCAAAGAGCAAUCGAUUACCAGUAGCAGCUUUGUAUUUGCGAAUAUCGUCAGUGUGUUGAACUGGCUAAAAUUUCAUUAGAUUUCAAUAACCACUCAAGCCCACACCGUUGAUAGUUAUGGAUACUUUGCGGAUUCAUAUCUUUAAAUUUCUGUAGAUUUACUGCUCUUCAAAAGAACAUUUUUGAAUUACAAAAGGAAUGGUAUUUACUAGGGGAAAAUUUCUAAAAGGUUAUGGUUUGGGUUAAAGAUAUAUCAUGUACAUUGUUUACUGAAAUACUAUAUUCCGGAUAUAUUUAAAUGUAAAAUAUCCACUGUUAAUUUAAUAGGCUACUAAAAAUAAAAUAUGUGUGUAUCUAGGGCUUCUUUUUACAAUUAAAUUUAAUAUAGCAACAUUCAUUUGUUCAAGAACAACACAAUUUACAUUCUCUGCUGACUGGCUUAUGUAGGCUAAGACACAACAUGACAGAAACAGUUACAAUAAAUACAAUCGUCUGGUAAUAAACAUACUGUCAAAUCUCUAUAUAUAGACCAUCUUUUGUAGAGGCGAAAGCGGGUGGUGUUUAUUCACAGAUUAAAGUACGUUGUAAAUGUAAAUAUAGGAAACAAAAACAGUGAUCUAUACAGUUAUUCACUCGUAAUGACUUUCGGUAAUUUAUGCUCAGCUACCUGUUGCCCUAGUGCUAUAUUUCGGCGUUCUGCGGCUGCUAAUGUAGCCUGCACGUGCAACCAGCCGGAAAAUGCCGAACUCGCAUACGGAGAAUACCGUUAUCGUACGGAAAUUGCCGAAUGUCAUUACGGACCUUAAAACAAAUAAAUGAUAUAACUAAAACCAAUCAGGAAAUUAAUCUUCUCCGAUAGAAUGUAACCGCGAAGUCCCAGUUACUCUCCACAACGGUGGAAGUGUGAACUUUGGAUACUAAACACUUAGACACAAAUCAGAUAGGAAUUUCUACUGAUUUUAAUGGACUAUAUACAUUCACAAUAUUCAGUUUGAUACACCAUUAAUGCACUAAUACUUCUGUUUUGAAGUUUUCCCAUCCCAGUGUUUACAGUCUGGACCACAACAAAGCAAUUCUGUCAAUUAAUACAUAAUGCAACAGAGUCGUUAUUGAAAACUAAAAAUCAGUGCGGAAAAAUGACUUACUUUACUUGAAAGACCAAUAUGUAGGACAAUCAUGACUUCUGUUAUUGAUUUGCAAAAACUGAUUUGAAAUUUAUCACUUGUUGUCGGAACAUUAUUCACAGUGACAACUGUAUGCGCGAGAAAAGUGUUUAGUAAUUCCUUAAAACUUGACAUAUCUGGAUAUUAAAACCACCGACAGUGAUUAAACAGUAACUGUAAUAAGAAAAAAACUUUUGAAGAAAUCAAAAUGGCUUCAAACGACUACAAAGGCUUUCAGAAUAAAAUGUCGAGUCGACGUAAGGGUUCUUGCACUGCUUCAAAUGUUUACGAGAACCGUGGGGCGGGAAGGAGACGCUCUUCCGUUAUGAUAGACUAUUUUCGUGAUAAUUACAAGGAUAUCGAGAUGGGGGAGAUAACGGAUCAGCAUCUGAAAGAUAUUCAGGACACAUUCGACCUUUUAGAUACUGACCAUGACGGGCGUUUAACAAAGACAGAAUUAACAACUUUAUUGCGGUAUACCGGAAGUUUAAAAUCGGAUGCAGAAAUGGAAGAACUUCUGGCUCCCAUAGAUUCAGAUCAUAAUGGGAGUAUAGACUAUAAUGAAUUUAAAAAAUACAUAAUUGAAAAAGACAUAUUAAAGUCACUAGCAGACGAGGUGUGUUAUGAAAUGCAAGACGCCUUCAAUAUAUUUGACAAAGACGGAGAUGGAUUCAUAACCAAAGACGAAUUAAAACGAGUGCUAACACAAAUAGGUGAUAAAAUGCCCGAAGAACUAGCAGACGAAUUUCUCAAAGAAGCGGAUCUGAAUGGAGACGGAAAAAUAGACUAUCAAGAAUUUUGCAAGCACAUGGGAUACUGAGAGAAAAAGUGCCAAGUCUGUAUUUUUCGGCUAAUACAAUAAUAAGUAUUCAUUUAUUAAUAAGCAAGAUAUCACAGUCUAUACACAUGCUCAACUAAUAAACGUCGUUGCUUUGCUAAAAUGGGAUGAACGGGAACAAGUUGGAUAUUUGUAAUCGUUAUGAACGGUUACAAAUGAAAUAAAUGUAGACGCUAUGAACUGGUUAAAUGUGAUAUUAUAGUCGUUAUGAACGGGUACAAAUGAAAUACAUGUAGACGCUAUGAACUGGUUAAAUGUGAUAUUAUAGUCGUUAUGAACGGGUACAAAUGAAAUACAUGUAGACGCUAUGAACUGGUUAAAUGUGAUAUUAUAGUCGUUAUGAACGGGUACAAAUGAAAUACAUGUAGACGCUAUGAACUGGUUAAAUGUGAUAUUAUAGUCGUUAUGAACGGGUACAAAUGAAAUACAUGUAGACGCUAUGAACUGGUUAAAUGUGAUAUUAUAGUCGUUAUGAACGGUACAAAUGGGAUAUAUGUAAACGCUAUGUAAAGGUAAGAUUUGGAUACAUGUAGAUGCUAUGAACUGUUACUGGUUGGAUCUGUACAACCGCUAUGAACAUAUAAGAAUGAGAUAUAUGUAGCCGCUGUGAACAGAUAAAAAUGGGAUAUAUAUGUAUAGCGGCUAUGAACGGUUACAAAUGUGAUGCAGUAGAAGCAAUGAACAGAUACAAAUAUGAACGACUAAAACAGUCUCAACGGAAAGGUAAGAUGGCGCUUAAAACACACACCACCUGAAACGAAUUUAUUUUCUUGUAACAGCUCGUCUUAAUGGCUGCAAUUACACCAAAUGUAAAUGUGAAAUGGGCUGAUGCGGUCAAAAUGAGAAAGAUACUGACGCGUAGGACUUCGAGAAAUCGAUUUUCCACGACUGAUCAUGUGUGUAUAUGUCAUCCUGAAAUCUGAACGACAAGAGCACAUUCUGUCGACUGUUUAAAUGUUUUAAAGUAUUAUUGUCUUCUGAAUGGAAUGUAUCCCGUGGAGAGAGAGCUGUUACUUACAAAAGUCUAAUAAGUAGACUUUAUCUAAAUUAUGUAUACAUCAUUAAGUGCUAAGCAUUUCAUACUAAUCAUUAACUCAAAAAAAAAUAAGCAAAUCCAUAAAAGUGCUAGGAAGACUGACACCUGAAGUUAACCGUUUAAUAUCCGACUACAAUCAAAUGCGAGUGCUCAACCAAUUAAAAUGCUGGAUACAGAGACAAAAGCUCACUGACGCCACGAAAAAGGGGAGAAAUCAAUCAGUUUAAAUCUGUGAUAAUCUGAGGCCGGAGCUCAACUAUUUCCAACAACUGUUAUUAAGAAACAAAAAUGGAAAGUCGGCAAUUUGGUUCCUAUUUAUAUGGUUUUUUUCUCCUUUAGGUAGAAAACUGUAUAUUCCUCAUCAUGCAUACACUUUAAUAUAUGUUACUAGUUUAUUGUAUAAAUAUGUAUUGUUGUAUAAUAAAUUUCAUUUUUAUUUCG